AUGUGGGACCAUCCACAGAAAAAUAAACACAAUGGUAACAUUAUCAGUUAUACAGUGUGUGUUUCACAUUCACAAAUGGUCCUUGCUUUCAAACAUUGUUAUCAGUGGAAGAAUAUUAAUAUGGAUCGUCGUAAAUUUAAAUGCAUCAACAACAUAUUACGUUCGUGUUCUUGGAAGCACUAGAGUUGGUCAUGGACCAUAGAGUAAAAGCAAAGAAUUUUUAACGAAUGGACGUACGUUCGAUAUGUUUAUCUCGAGAUUAUGUUUGUGGUUCUGAAGAAAAUUCUGUUUCGAAUUUCAUACUUACUAUUUGAUUUAUUUGAUCCUCUGCCAUCUUUAUGCCUUUCAGUGGCUUUGUUUCAUACCUAUCAAUCCUCGGAGAAACGUCUGUACAUUCUUACAAUGUCUGACUUACUGUAUACAGAGAAAAGAAUAAUGAAUGCUUUACGAGAACUAUAGCUGAUUUCUAGUAAAUUAGUAUCUGCCCUUUCUCAAUUAUUUGUUUCACAUCGCAAAAUUAUAUUUUGUACUUUUUCCCAUAGCUUUUGUACCAGACAAACCUACAAAUCUCACCGUCACUAGCAUCACGUCUAGAAAAGUUGCAAUAUCCUGGCUAGAUCCGAAGAAUCUUGGAGGAUAUCGUCUUUCACGCUUUUGGAUUACACUGAAGGAAGAAAGCGCUCUAAUCCUGAACAUUACCACAGGGAAAAUGAAUGAAUACGAAAUUAAUAAUCUCAUUCCGUAUACUACUUAUGGAAUAUCUGUAGCUGCUGGAAAUUACCUUGGUUUUGGCGAAGAGACUGUUACUUCGUUCAUAACUUCCGAAGAAGGUGAGUGUUGAAAGAUGUUAUGUUGCACGGAAGUUCAAAGUGCUGAAUUCAAAAUUGCACAUUUAAGGCAAAGGUGUCUUUUUUUAGUCGUUUUCUAUUUUAUCUGUAUUGAAACAUUGUUGGCAAUAGCGGAAAAACACAGACCAUGCGCAGAAACAAUAAAAAGUGCUCUUAGCGUAUCUUAAACAAAUUAUUCUAGUUAUUAUAUCUCUAAUAAAAUACAUUUUUACUGCGCCUUUCCUUGUUGUUUUGGUUUAAGUAAAGAACUUUAAUCCUUGAACAAAUUGACAGUCAAAACCAGUCGUUUCGAUUCCCCAUUCCUAACGUCUUCAUCCACAGAGCGAAUAUACAAAAAAUCACAACAUGCCUCUACUUAAUUAAGUUACACUGAAUUUAAAUAAAAACCUCUGUUUUAUGUACUCUUAAGCUCCGAGCGGUCCUCCAUCACACAUCAAAACCACAUCAAGAAGUGCGUCAUUAUUGUCUGUUAUUUGGGAUCCUCCUGAGAAAGCGAAACAAAAUGGCGUCAUUGUCAGUUACACAGCGUGUGUUUCACACUCAGAAAACGGGCUUUGUUUUCAGACAUUUAUUACACGUGGAAGAGAGUGGCUGGUUGGGAAUUUGAAUUCAUCAACAAAAUAUUAUGUUCGUGUUCUUGCAAGUACUAAAGUUGGUCAUGGAAACUACAGUGAAAGUAAAGGAUUUUUUACGAAUGGAAGUAAGUACAACAUGGAUAUAUCGACAUAUAUUUUGUUUGUACUGUUUGUGGCUCUAAGAAUACUUCUGUUCCGAAUUUCAUACUUAGUAUUUGAUUUUGUUUAACGCACUGUACGUAUGGAAGAAUAUUAAUAUGGAUCGUCGUAAAUUUAAAUGCAUCAACAACAUAUUACGUUCGUGUUCUUGGAAGCACUAGAGUUGGUCAUGGACCAUAGAGUAAAAGCAAAGAAUUUUUAACGAAUGGACGUACGUUCGAUAUGUUUAUCUCGAGAUUAUGUUUGUGGUUCUGAAGAAAAUUCUGUUUCGAAUUUCAUACUUACUAUUUGAUUUAUUUGAUCCUCUGCCAUCUUUAUGCCUUUCAGUGGCUUUGUUUCAUACCUAUCAAUCCUUGGAAAGUCGUCUGUACAUUUCUACAAUGUCUGACUUACUGUAGAGAAAAGAAUAAUGUUUUUUUAUACAUAUAAACAUAUUUAAUAACUUUAAUGUUUACCCAAGAGCGUGGACGCUCAUCGAGGGGUCACACUACAUUUAACAAAUAAUUAAAUAAUAUACACAACAGGAGAAGAUGAACAGUACAAAGAAAGAGGGAAAAAAACAACAAAAGUGAUAAAAGCUGGUUCAAUUGAAGGUUCAAAGUAGUAAAUUAAUUCUUAGAAAAACGAUUAGUUUGCUUAAUAUAUUUUUGAAGAUGCAUAAAUAUACAUCUAUUACUUUCUAUACUCAAAUCAGUUGAACCAGACAAAAAUAUUUUAGACUUUUGAGAAUCCGACAAGAGAUACCAGCUUUCACCAUAAAUUUGAGCAGCUACCGAGAGUAAGGAUAAUCUAAGAGCAGCAUAACGAGGACAAUAUAACAAAUAAUGAAUGACUGAUUCACAAGAAUCUCCACAUGAACAUGCUGGAGAUAAUCUACAAUUAAUUUUAAACAAAUAAUAAUUUAAAGCAUUAAAAUUAAGGCGCAAAGGAGUGUGUAAGAUAGAAGAAUACCUAUCAAUAGAAAAAUCAUAGUAGCCAGUAUAAGUUUGAAUGUCAAAAAACGAAGUUAAUGAGAUCUUUAAAAAACCAAUCGACUUUGAAUUUCGAUCAAUAAUAUCAAUGCUAUUCCAUAAUAUAGUAGUUGAAGGAAAAAACGAUUUUUAAAUCUUUCAGUUCUCACACCAAAAGGAGAAAAGUCAGAAGCAUUUCUUAAGGAUAGACCCGACCUUUGCUGUACUGUUUGAGGCAGUAAAUCCGACAAAUAAUUUGGUGUUAACUUAUUUACAAUUUUAAAAUAUAAAAUAAGUUUAUGAAUGGAUCGCCUUGUUUUCAUAUCUUCCCAAGCUAAUACCUCCAGUAACCGUCCUCUACUAGUACCCUUCAUAGCACCUAUGGCCACUGUUGCAGCUUGAUAUUGAACGUGCUCAAUGAGAUCGCUUUCAUUUUCAGAGCAACCAUCCCAAAGAAAAUCAGCAUAUUCCAUCACUGGUCUAAUAAGAGACUUGUACAAUUUUGAUAAAGUUUUUCUAUCUAACUUAAACUUAAAACUUUUUAAAAGAUUAAGUUUUUUUGAAGCUUUCUCGUAAAUAUUGAGUAUAUGUGCUUUCCAAGAAAGAUUUGAAGAUAGGGCAAGCCCUAAAUGCUUAUGAUUACUAACAAUUUCAAUCGGCUCGUUUGCAAAGUAUAACGUUGGAUGUGCUGGUUUAAACAUUUUAGCUGAAAAUGUGACAGAUUUGGUUUUACCUGGAUUUAUAAUGACAUGCCAGUCACGUGUCCAUUCAUGAAUGCAUUGCAAAUCAUUGUUAAGUCUUUCCGUAGAAAUAUCUAUAUCUUCAACUACUUCUAGAAGAGAGGUAUCCUCAGCAUAAAUAAAAGAGUCACAUUGAAGAUCCUGAGUAAUAUCAUUUAUAUAUAUUAAAAAAAGUAAUGGACCUAAUACAGAACGUUGUGGAACACCAGCCUCGAUUUCAUUCCAAUCAGAUGACGGGCCAUCAAUUAUAACCCUUUGUUUUCUUUCCUAACAAAUAACUUUUAAUCCAUUUUAAAAGGGGGUCUUCUACACCAAGUAGCUCAAGCUUAUAAAUAAGUCCUCUAUGCCAAACCUUGUCGAAGGCUUUACUGAUAUCCAAAAAGACCAUACGAACUUCUUUACCUGAUUCUAAUGCUUCAUAUAUUUUAUGAACAAUUAAAAUAAGUUGAUUUACUGUUGAAUCACCAGGGCGAAACCCGCUUUGAAAACGGUUCAAAAACUGAAUUUCUAGUAGAAAAUUAUAGAGCCUAGUAAAAACUAUUUUUUCCAUAAUUUUUGAUAAUGAUAUCAAUAGUGAAACUGGUCGAUAAUUCAAUUUUGACACAUCGCAAAAUAAUGACACAUCGCAAAAUAAUGAAUGCUUUACGAAAAACUAUAGCUGAUUUCUUGUAAAGUAGUAUCUGCCCUUUCACAAUUAUUUUUUUCACAUCGAAAAAUUAUAUUUUGUACUUUUUCCCAUAGCUUUUGUACCAGACAAACCUACAAAUCUCACCAUCACUAGCAUCACGUCUAGAAAAGUUGCAAUAUCCUGGCUAGAUCCGAAGAAUCUUGGAGGAUAUCGUCUUUCACGCUUUUGGAUUAAACUGAAGGAAGAAAGCGCUCUAAUCCUGAACAUUACCACAGGGAAAAUGAAUGAAUACGAAAUUAAUAAUCUCAUUCCGUAUACUACUUAUGGAAUAUCUGUAGCUGCUGGAAAUUACCUUGGUUUUGGCGAAGAGACUGUUACUUCGUUCAUAACUUCCGAAGAAG